AUGGCAGAUCAGUUUUCUGCUGUUGGAAGAACGGCUCAAGGUGUGGCUCAUGAGGCCUUCCGUGCCACAGUGUCUGGUUCUGGUGGUGGUAAGUUUUUGAUAGACAUCAGUUGUGACCGAGCGGUAGUAAAAGAUGUAUUGGUAGCAGUGUCCGCAACGGCAGUCACACUGAGUGCAAUUUACGCUGGAUAUAAAUUAUUAUCGCAAAAAAUGGAUGGAGCUGUCAAUAGAGGCCUUGGGGGUGAAAGAGAUGACCAGCAAGUUGGCGCAAUUGAACCAAGAUGCCUACAUGUACGGCUGCAUUGUUUCACAGACAAGAGAUUUCUUGAAGUAUUGGAAGAUUAUGACUCUGGAAGGAUAAAAGAUCGCGUCAAAAAAGAAUUUUCGGAUAUUGGUAUCGAAGUAGAAGGAUUAACGGUCAAGAUUGAAAACUGGGAAGAAGUAAAACAAAGAAAGUUAACUAUAUGGGAAAGGUAA